AUGAGCUUCUCAGGUGGUGAAAAUUACGACGAAGCAGCCAAAUACAUUGAAUCACAAUUUAUGUCAGCAAAUGAAAACAAGGAGAAAUCGAUCUACACUCAUCUGACCUGUGCCACAGACACUCAUCAAGUUCAAUUCGUAUUGGACAGUGUUUUAGACACGAUUUUGUCCUCUAAGCUCAAAGGUUGUGGUUUAUACUAA